AUGUCUGCCAAGGACUUGAGAAAAGCUCCGCUAAAGGAGCAACUGGAGAAGGCGCGCAUCGAGCUCCGACUAGUGGAGGCUGAAAGAGCCGCAAUCAAGGAUCGCACUGAAGCCAGCGUCAACAAAACGAAAGCGGCGAUUGACCAGCUGAAGCAGCAGAACGAGCAGCUGAGGAAACAGAACAUUGCAGAAGCUAACAAAGAUGCUAAUGUGAUCAAAGCAGCUUUUCCUGACCGACCCGACUUGUUGAGGCUGCUCUCCAACAUGUCAGUGGAGGAGGCCCUUACCACUUUAAAACGGAGGAAUCUGUCCAUUCUUAAACGGAUCAAUGCCGUCGAUCAUGGCACUAAGAACGACAAGUGCCAAGGCGAGGAGCGAGGAGGUUCACACUCUGCUGCUGUUCAAACUCAGAAACAAGAGGAUGAUUGCAAGUACCUGUCCGAGCUGAAGAAGUGCGUGUACAGCAUAGAAGCCGAGUGCGAUAUGACGGAGAAACGUGGAGCCUCCGAGGACAGAGCCAUCGUUCAGCUGCAGGAGGAGGCUCUGGGUUACCCGGCCAGCAGGAAACAAAUGGAAGCAGAAAGACAGAAGGACAGAAAAGAGCUUGAAGAGUUGCAGUCCAGGGUCACCAUCGCUGAGAACUUUAAUGAGGCUUCAAAGGCUGAGUUAAAGCAGCUGGAGUUAUAUUACAACGAGAAGAUCACGAGGGCAGAGAGUACUAAAGUCAGCAAGAGAAAACAGCUCAAGGAGCUCCAGGCCCAGGCUGAAGAAAUCAGUAAAAAUGCCCAGAGAGAAGCUAAGCAGAGAGAAGAGCUGAGCAGCCAGGCCCAGCGCAGCAGCACCAUGAUGGCAGAGGAGGAGGAGAGAGCCAGGUCCACUUUGAACCAGGCCUUUCAGCGCAUCAAGGAGGCCACCGGAAUAAGCAGCUUACAGGACUUGAAGAAAAUCUCCCAGAAAGACAGCCGGCAACAUCUGAUGAAUGAGAAGGAGGAGAAUGAGAAGGUGCUGCAGCAACUGAAGGAAGAGAGGGAGAUCCUCAAUGAAAACUUUCAGGACAUGAAGGAGAAAACAGCGGCUAAGCUCUGCUCGGACAAACAGAUGCUGGACGUGUGCAAGCAGCGUCUGCAGGCUCAGCAACGUUGGUGUGACGCCAGCAAAGAGCGCCACAGUCAGCUUGAUAAAACCGUUGUUUUCAUCCGAGUGUGGUCGGAGAGACUCGCUGACAGACUGAAACACAUCAAACUACCAGAGGACAGAAGGGUUACGGUGUGUCCUGAAUCCGAUGAGUAUUUCCUGGAGCUGCUGGACGAGUGUGAGCUGAAGCUGGAUGUUCUGCUCGAGAAGCUUCAGGGAAAAGACCUGCCUGCUAUCAAGAGAGAAAUUGAAGAGGUCGGCUUCUCCGUCAAGGCCGAGGGGCGGUUGCGGGCUAACGCCUUCAUCAAGACUGAAGACGACCUCUCUGAGGAGGAAGACAAGGGCGAGAAGGACGAGCCCGAUGUCCUCUCGCGGGAAGAGCUGAAGCGCCAGUCUCAGCAGAUCAUCGACUCCAAGUCCAAGAAGAAGCGUGGGAAGAAAAAGAAGGGCAGGGUCUGA